AUGAUCGGUCUCUAUAAAGGUGUUCAGUCUAGAAUAUUACAAAAUAAUCCAAGAGCUUUCUUCGUACCAUGUUCUGCUCACAGUCUAAACUUAGUUUUAAGAAAUUCUGCUAAGAGUUCUACUAAAGCGAUUACAUUUUUUGGAUAUCUUGGUAGAAUAUAUAAUUUAUUUUCAGCGUCUACUCAUAGAUGGGACAUAUUCAAAUCUCACUGCAAUCUAUACAUUGUAAAACAAUGGUCCGAGACCAGAUGGGAAAGCAGGAUUAAUAGUGUCAAAGCCAUACGUUUUCAGGUAAAAAAUAUAAUGCAUGCAUUAAGUGAAAUUUUAGAGACGUCCGAUGACCCAAUUACUAAAAGUGAAGCAUUAUCAUUGUUAAAUGAAGUUGGAAGUUUUGAAUUUUUAUUAAGUCUAAUUAUUUGGUAUGAACUACUUACAGAAGUAAAUAUUGUAAGUAAGAAUUUUCAGAAUCCUAAUACGCAAUUGGAUGUUUCAACUAACAUGCUUAAAGGUCUUAUUGUAUUUCUUGAAAAAUACCGAGACAACGGAUUUGAAAAAGCAAUGGAAACUGCCAAUCAACUAGCAAUUUCUAUUGAGAUUAAGCCUACAUUUAAUGAAGUACGUUACAGAAAAAAGAAAAGAUGUUUUAGUUAUGAAAGUGUUGAUGAAACCCUUCAAGAUCCACAGCAAAAUUUUCGAACUCAAUAUUUUUUAGUCAUUUUGGAUUCAGCGAUUAUCAAGUUAAAAAUUACGCCUGAUGACGAAAUUAGAAAACAUUGCCAAGAUCUUCAAAUAAUUUUAACAGAUGGCGAAGAUAAAGAUAUAGAUGCUGUUGAUUUAUUUGAAGAACUUCUCAUUCUUCGAGAGAUGGUUGAUAAUAAUAUGACCACUUCACAAACAUUGAAAUUGGUUAAAAAUUCAUUGGGUUCAUUUUCAAACGUCGAAGUUGCUUUAAGAAUUUUAUUAACAAUUCCGAUAGCUUCAGCAGGAGCAGAAAGAAGCUUUUCAAAAUUAAAAUUAAUAAAAAAUUUUCUAAGAAAUAGUUUGUCACAAUUCAAAUUAGCAGGUUUAGCAUUAAUCGCCAUAGAAAGUGAAAUCGGGGACAGUUUAAGCUUAGAAAAUAUUCUAGAUACUUUUGCAGCACAGAAAGCUAGAAAAAAAAUGUUUUAA